UGUCCAAUUAAUUGAGAUAUUACAAGCGAGAGUAUACUGCAGUGAAGGAUAUGUUGGCAGCGAGUGGCUUCGGUUGGGACUCUGAGAGGAUGGUUGUGACAGCCCCUGAUGAAGUCUGGGAGCAAUAUCUUAGGGUACUCUCACCCAAAUGCUGUAAGACUCUGCGGUAAACGAAUCGACGGGAUGGAUGACCUCGCAGUGAUAUGCGGAUCUGACCAGGCCACGGGCCGCUACGUACGAGGCAGUAGGAGUAUGGCUACGUCGACAUCUUCUUCUUGUCUACAGCGAGACCUUAAUGAAGCAUGGAAUUCUGUUGAUGACGAUAUGGAUGAUACGAUAGAUCUAUCAGAGGAUUACGUAACAGACUCCACAGGGACCAUUCCAUUACCAUCGGACAGUCCUGCGAUGGGACAUCACGGGUCCCAUGGCACUCCCACUCGCACUUCUGAUUCCGAUGGUACUCGCAGAGGGAUAGUAACAAGGAAACGAUCGUGCCCGGCUCGUCCAUGUAAUGUACUCGGGGCCUCAUUAAAUACCGUGGCCAAGUCAAUGAUGAAAUUUGGGCUCAGCAAACAGGUUAAUCGUACUAACAAAGUAGUUGAUAUGCUCGAGGAGGUGAAAGGCCUGACCACCAAAGAAUUUAUCGAUGUUGGUGAGAUCCUGAGUAAGGACAAGUUGUUGGUGUCGUUCUUUGUUAGUCUUCGACUUGAGCACCGAGUGGAGUGGUUAAAGGAAAAACUGCAUGAUCACUUCGGUGAUGGAGGUGAAGGUUCUGUCUGACAGGGUGUGGUUAUUGGGGUUUGUUAUGCUAGUUUCUUUUUUGGUGGCAUGUAAUAACUUAUACUAUUGUGAU